AUGCGUCUCAAACCCUCAAUCCUCCUGACAUCGCUACUUUCAGCGACAGGGGCUUUUGCCAGCGAAGAUCCAAAGGAUGUCUCCGUCUUGAUCAGAGAGGCCGGACGCGCUAGCAAUGAUUCUCUGCUAUGGGGUCCCUACAAGUCGAACCUUUACUUUGGCGUGCGCCCUCGUAUCCCGAAAAGUCUUUCCGCAGGACUGAUCUGGGGUAAAGUGGACAACUACGCCGGUGCCCAGCAAAACUUUAGACACACCUGCGAACAAAAUGAAGGAAUGGCUGGAUAUGGCUGGGACGAGUACGAUAUCAGAAAGGGUGGCAGGGAGACUAUUCACGACGCCGAGAACAACUUGGACCUGACAAUCGAUUUCAUCAAGGUCCCUGGUGGCCAGCAUGGAGGUAGCUGGGGUUUCCGAGUCAAGGGUACACCCAGUGAUGGAAAUCCCCAUCAGCCUACGUCGAUGAUUUUCUACUCCACUCUGGAAGGAUUCGGGCAGCUGGGCGUUGAAACCGAGUCCUCUGAGAAUGGCAUUGAGGGCGACGUGAAGCUCGGGGGUUCCUCCAUGGAACUUGGCGAUUUCACCAUUGAGGUCACCAAUGGACCGAGCGAUAAUUCCCACCCUCGCUUUGAACACCAGAGCUCCAAAGAUAAACCCUUGGAACGCAGCAUUGUGAAUAGUGUUGUCUUUCCAGAGGAGCAACUUUGGCAAGCAAAGGGGAUUUUCUUCACUCAGAUGAAGGCUUCGGUCGAUGAGGCUUUGGAAGAGUAUGGAAAGGAGAACAUUCCGCCUCCUCCCCAACUUUUCACUGUCCCACACAAGCCUGGUCAUGGCAAUGCUCAUUUUGUGCAGAAGGUCUUUUCCGGUGAAUUCCAGUUUGAUGUCUUGUUUUCUUCGGGUUCUGCACCCAAGCCGUUGACCUCAGACGUUCUUACCAAGGAGAUCAAAGAAGCAUCUGAAUCUUUCUCUGAAACCUUCGAUCAACUCCUGCCGCCCCAGGCACCUUUUGAUGAACCGAAGUACUCCAAGUUCUCCAAGGCAAUGCUUUCUAACCUCAUCGGUGGAAUUGGCUUCUUCCACGGUGAUGACAUCGUGGAUCGCUCCGCCAAUCCCGCCUACGAGGAGGAGAAUGAAGGCUUUUGGGAGGAGACUGCCCAGGCCAGAGCUGCUGUUCAGCCCGUUCUCGAGGGCCCCAAGGAUCUCUUUACCUGUGUGCCUUCCCGGCCCUUCUUCCCCCGGGGUUUCCUUUGGGAUGAAGGCUUCCACUUGAUGCCUGUCAUCGAAUACGACACCGACCUUGCACUUGAGAUUAUCAAGAGUUGGUUCCACUUGAUGGAUGAAGAUGGAUGGAUUGCCCGUGAACAGAUUCUGGGCCAAGAGGCACGGAGCAAGGUUCCUCCUGAGUUCACUAUUCAAUACCCUCAUUAUGCAAACCCACCCACCCUGUUCAUGGCACUUGAGGCAUUCAUGGAUAAGGUCAAUGGCAACAUCAACAAGAGCACAGAGUCCGAGAAUUUGAGCAACCAAGAUGCCACUGCAAGCUUGCGCUCUGCCACUGUCCGACACCCAGAACUCUCACAGGCAUACCUCCGCUCCUUCUACCCACUUUUGAAGAAGCAUUACAACUGGUACAGAACCACCCAACGUGGCGAAAUCUCCUCGUAUGACCGUGAAGCUUUCUCCACUAAGGAAGGUUACCGCUGGCGUGGGCGUUCCGUCCAGCAUAUCCUGACCUCAGGUAUUGACGACUACCCCCGAGCCCAGCCACCGCACCCUGGUGAGCUGCACGUCGAUCUCAUCAGUUGGAUGGGAAUGAUGACUCGCACUAUGCGCCGUAUUGCCCAGAAUCUUGGUGAGGAGGAUGAUGUCGAGGAGUUCGCCUACUACGAGACCGCCAUCACUCGCAACAUUGACGAUUUGCACUGGGACGAGAAGGAGCAAACCUUCUGUGAUGCUACCAUCGACGAGUAUGAAGAGAGUGUCCAUGUUUGCCACAAGGGCUACAUUACCAUCUUCCCCUUCCUGACUGGUAUGCUGGGCCCUGACAGCCCGCGUCUUAAGGCUGUUCUGGACCUAAUCGGUGACCCCGAGGAAUUGUGGAGUGACUACGGUAUCCGCAGUCUGAGUAAGAAGGAUAAGUUCUACGAUACCGAUGAGAACUACUGGAGAAGCCCUGUCUGGAUCAACAUCAACUACUUGGUGUUGAAGAACCUAUAUGACACUGCGACUGCCUCUGGUCCUCACCAGGCCCAGGCGCGCGAGUUGUAUAACACUCUGCGCAAGAACCUGGUUGAGAAUGUCUUCCGCGAGUGGAAGAAGACUGGAUUCGCCUGGGAGCAGUACAAUCCCGAUUCGGGUAGCGGCCAGCGCACUCAGCACUUCACCGGCUGGACCAGUAUGGUUGUGAACAUGAUGUCCAUGCCCCAGCUGGCCGCGCCGCAAAAUGCCCAUGAUGAAUUGUAG